AUGAAGCCGCCGACGGAAAAGGACGUGCGAGGGAAUCGGAGGAGCAGGAAAGCUCUGGACGCUCCUGCGCGCCCAUUCGACUACCUUGUGGUUCUGGACUUCGAAUGGACGUGUGACAACAAAAAGAAGCUUGAGCCACUGGAAAUCAUCGAGUUCCCCUCUGUCCUAGUCCGCACCUCCUUUCCUCCCAAGAUCGUCUCUGAGUUUCAAGAAAUGGUCGAUGCUGGAGUCCAUCUCGAAGACGCCAUCGAGAUGCACCGGCAGUGGCUGGAACAGCAUGGUUUGCUACCGGCAGAGGGGGCAGCGUCUUCCACCUUCACGUUUGUCACGUGGUCGGAUGCAGACAUCAUGUUUGCGCUGCAUUCAGAGUUUUCACGCUUGAAGAUUGCACGCCCAUCCUACUUCAACAACUGGAUCAAUCUCAAGGUCUCUCUACCGUCCCUCCCGCACUCCCUGCUGAGCAGGCAGCAGCUACUGUACAAGAGUCACUUCAAGAAGGAUGCUGUGGGAGGACUGCAGGCCUGCGUGGAGAGGCUCGGGAUCUCGUUCCAAGGAAGAGCUCAUAGUGGGCUCGUAGACUCGCGCAACACUGCUGCGAUCGUCAUGAAGAUGCUCAACGAGGGCUUCCAGUUCCUCAGAAACACGCGCGGCUUCGGUCCCAACGGGGAGCUGAAGGACAGCAACAUACAUCUACACCCUCAGCUAUACGCUCAUGUAACGGACGUGAAGGCAGCGCUCCUCCCCGACAUGCCCAUCGCCGAUGCGGACAAGAGGAGGAGGCUGCAGCGGGAGCUCAAGAGCAAGCAGCGGAGCGAGCAGAAGCUCCUGAUGAGCAAGCUCGACCUCAUGGUACCCCCGUCCUCCCCCGCCAUCGACCCCGCGAACCAACAAAAGCAGCGCCCCGCCCUCAACCUCCUCCAUGACCUCGUCGCCUACUUGCGCUCCUGCGACGAAAGGCAGCGAGCGCAGGAACAAAAGCGAGCGAUCUACACCGAUAUGAUGAGCUGCAUGCUGCUGAGUCGACGGGAGAGGAUCAUUCUCGCUGACAUACCCAGCUGGACAAUACGGGACGUGAGCCUAGCGGUACAUGGCGAUUACGAGGGUUCGUGCUUCGGGGGGAGGCUGGACAUGGACGCGCUCAGAGGCAUCGCUCGACAGGCUUGGGAUGUGACGUGCCCGCCUGAGUUCCAGGUGGACGAGGUUGUGAGCAUGCGGCUGCUGGAGGGAGGGAGGAUGAGGAUGGAGCGCUUCCGGCUACUAGGAGUGGUGAGGAAGGACGUCUGCAUGUCCAUCAUCUAUCCGGAGCCUCUGGGGCCCGACAGCGCCGAGAUCGAGCUGAAGCAUUUGGACUUCCGCAGACUGGGAGGGGUCGUGACGUUUGAUCAAGAGAGCCCCUCUUCUCCUUUGCUUGCCGACCGAGCGAUGAAGCUAGUGUCGGGGAGCUCCCAUGGGAUGAUGUCUGUUCUGGCGAGCAGGAUGGGCACUUGCGACACGUCGAGAGGGCUGAUGGAGAAGAUGGCGGCGAAGUCGAACUCGACGUUUGGUAGAGACAUGCGAUGUGUGAAGGGCAUGACGAAGCAGCUGUUUUCAAUCGUCACAAGUCAUCUUGAGAGCCAUCUUUUGCUUGAUUUUGACAGUGAGGCCGCACAUUGCCCUUUCCUGGGAGGCUUCAAGACCCGCUGGAUGCGCACGUUCAAGGCGACCCUGAACGGCUCAGAGAUCAAAGAGCUCAGCGGUACGCGAGGAAGCGAGGAGGCGCUGGUCGCUGAGAAGAAAGUUGCAGACAGCAGGCAGCAGGUGGUCGGGUACGCGCACGGAGACAGGAGGACGUUGGGGUGUCAUGUGACGUUCCUUUAUUUCUGGAGGAAGACAGGGAUAUGCUUUCAUACUCGUAACUUCAUUUUUACUUCCUUUGGCGUGCCGAACUUUGGAGAGGUGCUGAUAUUUUGUUACUUGACGAUGGUUUGCUGA